AUGGAAACUAGCAGGAACGCCGCCAUUCGGGUGAAACUCCAGAUUGGCAAAGUGGAUCUCAGCCCACAUCAGAUUGCCGACUAUGCAAACCUGACACGAGUUUGCCGAUCUAUCAGAACCGAAUUCAUCUCUUACCUUCUCGGACAAGUGGACAUUGAAAUUGAGCUCGAUUUCAUCGAUAGAUAUGCUAUCUGCUUCGACCGAGCGUUCAGGCACUGCAAAGGUUCGCUCAUCGUCACAUUCGAUCGACUGUGGACGAAUAAAUGCACCGAGCUGUUUCCACUACUACGCCUGUCCAAUGACGCGCCAAAACUCACGAUUUGCUUUAUUCCAUCCCGCAAGACGCUUUCGUUACCAAAUGACCUGACUCUGGCACAUGAUCUCAACCUGUUGAUCGAUUUAUGUCGCCAGAAUAAGAAGUUGAGACAACAUUUGGACGAAUCUAUUACGACAGUAACUUUCUACCCUCGGAAUCGAUUCGAAGAUAAUUUUGGGGAGCGCUGCCUCAGGAAUGAGCCCUGUAUUCAGGUUGAAUUCUCCAAGCAAUCGAAACAGAAAUGGAUGGAAGGUACUCAUAGCUUGAAUGAUCUCCAGACGUUCUUGGCGGAGACCGGACUCGAUGGGUUGACAACGGUGGACGUUCGGGUAGGUUUGACGUCGAUGAGAAACGAGAAGCGCGGGAAAGGGUUACAGACACAGGAAGAGCGUGAUGUGAUUGAUUGGCUCCUAGGUCGGAGCUCGCAGGUACCAUCUAUGUAA